AUGGCCAGCGGUAGCCCCGCCGGGAUGGCGAGCGGCGCCGGGCAGCCUCCCUUCCUGCAGCCUGCCUGCUUCUUCGCCGCCGCCGUGGCCGCCGCCGCCGCCGCCGCCCCGCCGGGGGCGCCGCCGCCGCAGCUGAGCCCCGCGGGCGGGCAGCCGUCCCCGGGCGGCAAGCCGUCGGCGCCGCGGGCCGCCAAGCGGCAGCGCUCGGCCUCGCCGGAGCUGAUGCGCUGCAAGCGGCGGCUCAACUUCAGCGGCUUCGGGUACAGCCUGCCGCAGCAGCAGCCGGCCGCCGUGGCGCGGCGCAACGAGCGGGAGCGCAACCGCGUGAAGCUGGUGAACCUGGGCUUCGCCACGCUGCGGGAGCACGUCCCCAACGGCGCGGCCAACAAGAAGAUGAGCAAAGUGGAGACGCUGCGCUCCGCCGUCGAGUACAUCCGCGCCCUGCAGCAGCUGCUCGACGAGCACGACGCCGUCAGUGCCGCCUUCCAGGCCGGCGUCCUGUCGCCCACCAUCUCGCCUGGCUACUCGCACGACAUGAACUCCAUGGCGGGCUCCCCCGUCUCCUCCUACUCCUCCGACGAGGGCUCCUACGACCCGCUCAGCCCCGAGGAGCAGGAGCUGCUCGACUUCACCAGCUGGUUCUGA